AUGUUUUGUAUUUUAAUUAUUACUGCUCCCUAUCCUGUUGAAACUAUUUAUUUAAAACCAAAAUAUAAUAAUUUAACUAAACACGAGAAGCCAACUCUUAUAGAACUUUUAAAAUUUUAUCAAAUUAAUAUGAAUCCAAAUUUGGACAACCAAUUACCGAAAAUUAAGGAAGCAAAAGAAUGUAGAAAUAUAAAAAUUAAAGGUGGAAAUUAUUACGAAUGUUUUUAUGAAAUUGAAUUAAUUGAUGAUAAUUAUGAAAUUAAUUUUGAAGAGAAAAAUGGGGAAAUAAUUAAGGGAAAUUUAGAAAAAAAUUGUAAAGAAGGGGAAGGAAAUGAAGAAAAAAAUUGUGAAAAAACAUUUAAAUAUGUUAAUAAUUAUGAAGAUUAAAAAUUAAAUUUGAGAAGAAAAAUAAUAAAAAAUCUGAAAAGAAAGAAAAAU